CUGUGUUUUAUUUCGUGUUCAUGGUGACGUCUGCACUAGGAACAUAUAAUGUGAGGCUAUAUGGUCCACCCGCCAUGUUGACCAGACAAGGUCUUCCGUAUAGUGGCAAAUAUUUUCUUAAAGACUCCGAAAAGAACUUUACUUUUCCUGUAGGAUUCUUGUUUGGAACUGCAUCAUCUUCGUAUCAGAUUGAAGGAGCUUGGAAUGAAGAUGGCAAGGGAGUUAACAUAUGGGACGAGCUUGUCCACAAGCAUCCAGAGUACGUUGUAGACCGAUCGAGCGGGGACGUGGCCUGCGAUUCCUACCAUCGGUACCGACAAGACGCGCAACUUCUCAAGAACCUCGGUGUUCACUUCUACCGGUUCUCCAUAUCUUGGUCGAGAAUUCUCCCCACUGGACAUGUGAAUGUCGUGAACCAGGCGGGCAUUCAGUACUACAAUAAUCUCAUCAACGAGCUGCUAGCCAAUGGAAUAAAGCCUCUGGUUACGAUUUACCACUGGGACCUUCCUCAGCCACUGCAGGAUCUGGGCGGAUGGGCCAACCCCGUAAUGGCGGACUAUUUCGAGGAUUAUGCCUAUCUACUUUUCUCUAAUUUUGGUGACAGGGUUAAAGCGUGGAUAACAUUUAACGAGCCAGAUUCAUUCACUGGAGGCUAUGGGACUUCCGGAUAUGCUCCAACGUUUCAUGCCCCUGGGAUCGGUGAAUACCUGGCAACUCGCACAGUACUGCUGUCACACGCAAGGGUUUACCAUCUGUACCAAGCCUACUUCCAGAAGUUGCAGCGAGGCAAACUGGGGAUUACUCUGAACAUUCACUGGUGUGAACCUCUCACAAAUUCUACGGAAGACAUAAAGGCCUGCGAAAGAUAUCAGCAAUUUAAGUUGGGCCUGUUUGCACACCCGAUCUUCAGUUAUGAAGGAGAUUACCCUGAAAUUGUGAAGCUCAGGGUUGGACAAAAAAGCAAAGAAGAAGGUUUUAGAAAUUCCCGUCUGCCGCCUUUCUCUCUGAAGGAAAUAGAUUACAUUAAAGGAACCUGGGAUUUCUUCGGUCUGAAUCACUACACGACGGUAUACGGGACCAGUGGCGAAGAGGGGCCAAUUCCAUCUAUAAGCAGAGACGCUGGUGUAAUUACAUCCCAAGAUCCUGCUUGGUAUUCUACGGGCUCUCCAUGGCUCAAGGUGGUGCCAUGGGGUUUCCGGAAGCAACUGAAGUGGAUAGCGCAGGAGUACAACAACCCUCCUGUGCUCAUCACGGAAUCCGGGUACUCGGAUUUGCCAAACGAAGGCCUCAACGAUGUGGGUCGAGUGUACUACUAUACGAGUUACAUGACGGAGAUGCUGAAAGCCAUAUAUGAAGAUGGUUGUAAUGUCAUCGGAUUUUGUGCUUGGAGCUUUCUUGAUAACUUCGAGUGGAACAGUGGCUACACAGAAAAAUUUGGUCUAUACAGUGUCGAUUUCAGCGACCCCUCACGCCCGCGGGUACCAAAGAAAUCUGCGCAUGUGUAUUCAGAAAUCAUCCGAUCAAGACAGAUUCCUAUGCGCUACCGUUUUUGGAGAGAGAAAUAGUACCAAACUGGGUACAACGUCUCACAAUUAUAGAACAAUUAACCUAUAGCGACAAUAUACUAAAAUGUUUCGCAUGGUUAUCCUCCUUGGAGACAAGGAUGCAGGAGAGGGUUAAGAUGAAUCUUCAUCACAAUGGUAAAACGGUGAAGAACUUCUGUUACUUUCCAACCAGGUAUAAAAGCCUCAACAGUGCAAGGAAAAUUAAAACACUUCGUUCCAAAUUUUGUCUCUACAAGAGCCGGAAUAGGUGAUUCAGUACACUAACCAGGCUACAUACUGGGAGAACGGCGUUUGACUCACCGAUGUAACAUGAGAUACUCUAUACCUUCCACGCCCCCACCCAAGCGUUAACAUGUAAAGUAAAUUUAAAUACAGAACUGUUGUCUACGCCCUGCGGUUAAAUUACAAAAUUAUUUCUUUUUUACAAUAUUUUGUUUCCAAUAGUCCCUAAUUUGCCCAGUCAAUUAGAAAUACAAAAUGUGCUUGUAAUUUUAUAACAUCUACAUUACUUGUCACUUCACAGACAAAUGCACUAAUAAAAGCUGAAUAUUUUCAAGAUGUUGGCACCUACUGGCAUAGGUUCCUAUGUCAGUAAGACCACGUUCAGCUUUUCAACUAGAUCCUUGCUUCACGGAUACAAUAAUGAUUAAAUUGACCAAGGUAUCACAAUAUUUGAAGUACUGUAUUUGGAGGUCAGUAGGCCAAAAAAAAUGACUCUUUGAAAUAAUAUUCAUAAAAUUUUUACGAAAAUGAUAUUCCCCUCUAAUGUUUAUAAAAUCAUACUAAAUUUCACACAUCAUAUAAAACGUUACAAAUUCUUUUAAAUGUUAUUAACCUUCUGGCUUAAAGCGUAAGAACAGUAAAAACAGAAUGGGAACUUUAUAAAUUAUGUGACAAUAAUGAGCACUAUAUUGAGGUAAAGAUAAGCAUAAUGCAGUACCAUGACGGUAAUGCAAGAGAGACAGGUGGUCAAGAUAAGGAAGAGUGGCCACACGCAAAUAGAUAAUGAUUUUUCUGUUCCGAGGACAAAAGUGAAUGACUGGAGGCUCAAAUACAGAGGUCACCAGGUUAACAGACUGUACUGUACUAGACCUAUAGACCAACCACUCGUUGUUCACAGCUGGACUGUAACCACGGAACAGAGAAAGAAAUAGCUGUUCAGUAUAUUAAAGAAAUUACAUCAUUUUAUGAAAUUGGUUCUUAUCCUGAAUCAAAUGAACCUAGUCCACAUUCUCAUAUCCAAUUUCUUUUUAAUAUUAUAUUCCAA